CCAAUCUUCUCUCUCUCUCUCUCUCUCUCUCUUUCUCUCUCUCUGUAUCGCCAUGGAAUUCAAGUUUCGAGCCAAAGAUGGGCAAGCUUCGACGACGCAUGUCCCUCCUUCUUCAACCAUCGGUUACUUCACCCAACAAGCACUCCGAGCGGGCUACUCGUUCCCUGAUUUCGGACAUUCCUCCGACUUCAUUCGAAACCCUAGCAAUGUGCGCGAAGCGAUUCAGCGAGAGCUCGAGAAAGAGCGAAUCAGGGAAGAGAUCAUUGCGACCGAGAUUGUUCGGAAGCGUAUGCUGGAAGCGGAAUUGAGGAGGGAGAUGGCAUUGGCGAGAGAAAUGGCGUUACGCAGAGGAGAGGGGUUCUCGACUUUCUCGGCUCAGUCGGCAAUGCGGUUUGAGCCGAGACUGUCGCUUUUGCAUCAAUCUGAGGGUAGAUUUCUCGAGGAGAGACUCGCAUUGUCGCUUGAGGAAAGGCUGGGCUACCAAGCUCACCACAGCGUUGGGGGUUUCGAGAUGAUGCGUUUUACGCGCAAUGCAGAACCUAAGAUUUCUGAGAUCAUGCCUCCUUCAGAGGCUAACCCUAAGGGGAAUCUUUCUGGAGCAAAGCGCAAAGCCGUGACACCACCCGCAGUGGUGGGUGCUAGUGAGCUUCCCCCAGUUGGUUUGAAGAAGAAACUCAAAGAGGAGUGGAGUUGUGCACUCUGUCAAGUUAGGGCUACCAGCGAGCGGGGUUUAGACGAACACCUUCAGGGGAAGAAGCACAAGGCCAUGGAGGCAGGACUGAGCGCACAGAGGACAGGCAAAAACAAUGCAAUUGGGCUUUUCCCAAAGAAAACUGUAAAGCCCAUUAAGCUUGCAGAGACCAUUGAUAAUCAGAACUCAGAGCAGGAGAUAUUAUUACAGAAAUCAAGUGCAGAAGAUGUGAAGCAAAACAAUGAUUUAGCAUUGCAGGUAGUGAAGGUUACCAAUGAUUCAAAGAACAAUUCGAAGAACAAAAAUUGGAACUUGGCACAUAAAACGAAGAAAACUGGAGAUUGCAAGGAGAAGAGGUUUAAGUUCUGGUGUGAAAUGUGUCAGGUUGGAGCUUCCUCUAUGAAAGUUUUGGGAAUUCAUAAGAAGGGAAAGAAGCACAUGGCACGGCUUCAGGAACUUAAUCAAAAAAGUGGAUCGGCACUGACUACUCAAGUGGGAGAGGCUCCACAGAAGGAAAAAUGCCCAGAAGUGGUUGUUAAAGAUGAAAAGGAAGAAACAACAGACAAUGUUGACGGAGAUGCAGACGGAGAGGUGGUGGAAAAUCAUCAGACAGCAGAGGAUGUGGCUGGUAAUGGCACCAAUUGAUUGAGGAGUAUGUAAAAAGAAACACUGCAUCAAGUUGGUUUUUCCAUCCCAAAUUUAGAUUUGGAGUUGUGUAAUUUUACUUUGUGUAUCUUUAUCCAUAAUGUGGCAUUUUAUUUGGAUUAUGGAUUUAUUUGAAACUUCUAUGUUUUUUAGUAAGGCUGAGAACUGCAGAUUUUCAAAAUUUAGACUGGGUGGUGGUUAAAAUGAUUGAAGCUGCUUUGAUAAUUUUAGUUUGGAAAGCCACCAUGGCCCACAUUGGAUGAGGAUCAAAUAUUUAGUACAAUGGUGAUGUUAUCCUAUCUAGUGUCAUUUGUUAAUACAAGACCAGAAAUGGAAUUUGAGUGGACA